AACAUUUGGCAUAAAAAAAACCUUCCAUCUCUCUUGUCUGAAACUGCCUCUGAGUGUGUGUGUGUGUGUGUAAGUGUAAGGAAGAGGAAGACAGAUAAGGAAAGAGACACGAGCAGCACAAAAGCCGGUGAGCCAGCAACGCUGUUCGCUGCACCUCGACGAUAUCGAGGAGAGCAACCCCCUCACUCCACAGACCCAGACAAAACUCUGAGUCUCCAAGAUAGAGAGAGAGAGAGAGAGAGAGAGAGAGAGAGAGAGAGCGAUUUCUGUGUCGUUCACUGCCACUCUGUCACCAUUGCUGACCGCAGCACUGGCAGCAGAGCCCUUUCUCCCCCCGCAACCUCUUCCUCUUCUUCUUCUCGCUCUCCCCGCCAUCUAUAUAACGAAGAUUCAUUACCUGGGUCGUUCUGCCCCUCUGACCCGGCCUCCCGCAUUCGGAGCUUUCGUCUGUUCAGCCAGUUGACGAAGAUGCUGGAGAAGAUGUUCGACAUAAACCUCGACAGAGUGAUAGAAGAAUUCGAGGAGAUGACGAGGGACGCGGAGGCCGUCCAGAAAGAGACUCUGAGGAGAAUUCUGGAAGAGAGUGGCAAUGCAGAGUACCUGCUGAGUCUUGGUCUUGACGGCAGAACGGACCUCGAGAGCUUCAAGGCUCACGUUCCCAUUGUCACCCACGGGGAUAUAGAGCAUUACGUCCAAAGGAUUGCCGACGGUGAUUCUUCUCCCAUUCUCACAGGAAAGCCCAUAACAAUUAUAUCACUAAGCUCGGGGACCACUCAAGGAAAGCCGAAAUAUGUGCCAUUUAAUGAUGAACUGGUUGACUCGACUAUGCAGAUAUAUCGGACCUCGUUUGCCUUCAGAAACAGGGAGUACCCGAUCGGGUGUGGGAAGGCCUUGCAAUUCGUGUACAGUAGCAAACAGUUCAAGACAAAGGGCGGUCUAAAUGCUGGAACUGCCACAACCAAUGUGUUCCGAAGUUCUCAGUACAAAAGCACGAUGACGGCGAUUCAGUCCCAGUGCUGUAGCCCCGAUGAGGUUAUAUUCGGUCCUGACUUUCACCAGUCUCUCUACUGCCACCUCUUGUGUGGCCUCCUAUUCCGGGAUGAAGUCCAGUUCGUGUCCUCCACAUUCGCCCACAGCAUUGUCCACGCGUUCCGGACAUUUGAAUCUGUCUGGGAAGAGCUCUGUGGUGAUAUCCGGACAGGGGUCCUCAGUGGUCGGAUCACUGCUCCUUCCAUUCGAGCUGCUAUGUCGAAACUCCUCAAACCGGAUCCUUUACUGGCUGAUCUGAUACAUGAAAAAUGCUCUGGUUUGACUAAUUGGUAUGGACUCAUACCUACACUCUUCCCGAAUGCCAAGUAUGUCUAUGGGAUAAUGACUGGAUCCAUGGAACCUUACUUGGGGAAACUGAGACUUUAUGCUGGGGGUUUACCCCUGCUAAGUGCUGAUUAUGGAUCAUCCGAAGGAUGGAUCGGAGCUAAUGUUAACCCAAAUCUUCCUCCUGAGCAAGUCACUUUCGCAGUGCUUCCAAACAUUGGGUAUUUCGAGUUCAUCCCGUUAAGUGAGCGCGGUGGGGCUGUGGAGCCCAGUCCAGUGGGUUUGACCGAAGUGAAGGUUGGAGAAGAGUAUGAAAUCCUUGUCACCAAUUUUGCAGGACUCUACCGAUAUAGGCUCGGAGAUGUGGUAAAAGUUGCAGGCUUCCACAACUCCACGCCGGAGCUUCGUUUCAUCUGCAGGAGAAAUCUCCUGCUCACGAUCAACAUCGACAAGAACACUGAGAAGGACCUGCAGUUAUCGGUCGAAUCAGCAGCUAAGCUAUUAGCUGAGGAGAAGCUAGAGGUGGUCGACUUCACAAGCCACGUUGACCUGUCUACUGAUCCAGGCCACUAUGUUGUAUUCUGGGAAAUCAAUGGGGAAGCAAGGGAGGAAGUCCUAAAUGAGUGCUGCAAUGUCCUGGACAGAUCAUUCGUCGAUGCAGGCUAUUUGAGCUCGCGCAAGGUGAAUGCAAUCGGGGCCCUGGAGCUCCGGGUUGUGAGGAGAGGGACAUUCCAGCAGAUUCUAGACCAUUACUUGGGACUAGGAGCUGCCGUCAGUCAGUUCAAGACCCCGAGAUGCGUGGGGCCUGCGAAUGAUGCUGUCUUGCGGAUUCUAUGUAGGAAUGUUGUCAAGAGUUACUUCAGCUCUGCAUUUUAGUCGACAUUGCCGGGUUUGAUUCAUUCCUUGCUGGUCCAUAAAUAAUUCAAUAUGGAUGUGCUUCUCCAAAAGUAAAUGGCGGCAAUUAAGUUCAUAAGUUAUUUUGUUGGUCUAAAUGCUUUUAAUGAUAUGAACUCAAAGAACCAUAACAAACCGAUGGAGCAUACCUGCCACUGCAAGGCCAUUUCUUUAAUAAAAGUAAGAAACCAAAAAAAGAUACUUAUACAGCUAUAUAGGUUUAGUCCAUGCAUCUGAUGUGAGUUCGACAGUAUUAGGCUGUGUUUAGUUGCCGGGAUGAGAUGGGAUAUUCCAUCGGGGUAGGACGGGGUUGAAAUCUUAUGGGAGUUUGAUAUCGUAAAUUUGUGUUUAUAACCUUAUACAGGAUGUAUAAGUGGGAUAUGAAAUUAAAAUGACGAAUUUGUGCCGA